AUGGAUUGGAGUGAUGAAUAUUUUCAAGGUCAUGGUCAAUGGUGUUCGUUCAAGCCAAACUCAAUCGAAUGCGAUGAACAUUUUUGUAUAUCAGGUAUGUACUCUUGUAGUGAUGGAGAAUGUAUCAAUUGGCAUACACGCUUGGCAUUUCAACGACAUGGACCAGCUGAAGAUGACUGUUUUACCAAACGCAAUCUAAAUUACAUGUGCGAAGCUGGGCCACAUCGAUCAACUUGGACAAUGGACAAUGGACUUUGUUGGCCAGAUCCAAACUAUGAUGAUUAUCGUUAUCCGUCUGGAAAUAUGACUGAUGAAGAAAUUUGUCAAUACCUUUUUCGAUGUUUUCUAUCCAACGGUUUUGAAUAUGAUUGUCCAUGUAAUCGUCUCAACUGUACAUCAAUGUUAAUAGAUGUAUGUCCGACAGAUGCUCGAUUGAUUCUUUAUCCACCUGAAGGAUUGAUCAAUUCGAAUGUUUUGUUUUUUUAUAACCUAAGUGAAUCGAUGGAUAACCACAAUUUCCAAAUAUUUGCAUUACAUCGAAAUCAACGAUGUCGAGGCUUUGUUUUUGAGGCUCAUGAACCGUAUUUUAUACCGUUUGAACAUGGUAUUCUCACCACUGCUCGAUCGAAUCAUGUACUUUGUAAGUUGAAUAAUUCGAAUGUCGGAUUUCGGAAUCCAAACUCUUCAUUUCGACAUGAUCCAUUCUGUUGGAAUGAUUCAUUAACUUUCAAUGGUCGUCCCUAUGCAGUUCAACUUGAUAUGUGCGAUGAAGCAGGUGAAUGCAUUUCACAAUAUCGAAUUCGUGAUCGAUCAUACGAUUGUCUAGCAGGUGAAGAUGAGCUGAAAAUUAUUAAGAAGAAUUUUUGUACAGGUAAUGUUGGUCGACAACGUUUCCAGUGUUACAAUGACGAAAACCGAUGUCUUCCAUUGAACUACUUGGGCUCAGCAACAACAGAAUGUUCAAAUAGCUACGAUGAAAUGUGGUAUGGUACAGAUGCACCACUUCAAAUACAAUUACCAUGUACAAAAUAUGACAAAGAAAGUUGUUCUGAUGCAAAAGAAUACAUUCGACAAUCAUCAAUUAGAAACUGGACUUUAAAUAGUACCAUCAUGGAUGAAGCUUUGCACAGAAAAUGGAUGAUUUUUCGUUGGUAUUGUGAUAGUUGGUGGAAUUUAGCCAAUCAUACCGAUGAAAUCCAUUCGUCAUGCCAAUAUUGGGUUUGUCAAAAUCAUCGAGAUCAAUAUCAAUGUCGAUCAGGACAAUGUAUUGAUCUUGAGUGGGUUUGUGAUGGUGAAUGGGAUUGUGCUGAUGCGUCAGAUGAAGAAGGGAUCCUACUCAUCGACAAAUGGUCGCCUCAUAAUGCUCGAUUGCCUGAUAUAAAUCAUCGUCGUCAGCAAUGUCGAGAAUAUUAUCUGCGAGCACCAUUCUCGACGAUUUGUAAUAUUUCUUUCGAAUUCGGAUGUUAUCGAGCAAAUGUAACCGAUCCAUUGAAUAUUGAAAUCAAUCGUCCAUGCAUUAAUCUCACACAAAUUGGCGAUAAUAAAGAAGAUUGUUACAAUGCUUAUGACGAGAAAAAUACAUUUUCUGCAAAUGCUCGCUCAGGUGAUAUUUGGGGUUUUCAUUUUCGUUGCGACACCAAGCACAAGAACUACGUCGAUGCAUGUGAUUCGGGCUUAGAUCAGAAUUGUACGGAUAUAGUUUGCUCAAUCUAUCUAGAUAAAGAUGGAUCAUGUUCAAAUAUCUAUGAUUUCAUUUGUCUCAACAAUAGUCAGUGCGUCAAAAAUGGUCGAUGUAACGGCAUCCGUGAGUGUUCGUAUGGUGAAGAUGAAUAUUGGUGUCCGAUGGGAUCGAUCCAAAAUCGAAUUGAGUAUCGAGCGGACAAAAGGGAAUUAUGGUCACAGCAUUCGGAUUAUAUACUUCCACCCUGGUAUCCACCUGAACAUAUGGAAGAAACGAACGAAGAGACAAAUAUCAGUAGUGAUCAUAAUUCGACUUGGAACACCUAUUCAUAUCGAUGCAAUCGUGGUAUAGCCAUUUUAGAAAAAAAUGAAACCCGAUGUCUAUGUCCUCCGGCUUAUUACGAGAAACAAUUAGAAUCAUCUGCUGAGCAACUUUACGAUUUUUAG